AUGUUUGGCGGUGAACGGCGUAAAACGGGUGGUAUGAAUUUGAACGGCCGGCAAUCGCUCGCCAUCACGCCAACCAAACGAUUCACAGAUCAUGGCUUAUCGUCCGUCAGAAAAACGGAUGCCCGUCCAAGCAUGUCACUCCACGGCCAGAGUCGCCCGUCUCUGUUCCAAAAAGGAUCUACAAUUCCACCAAGAGAUGUGAGAUCCCUUCAAGCUGCAAAUGUUCAAAAAAUCUACAACUUUUUCGUGGAGACCGAUGGAGCUGAAGCACCGUCAGAGCGCAGCAUCCGGGCUCCAGGCAGCAGGAGAGAGUUCAUCGUUCUUUUCGAGUCAAUGUAUCAACAUCUCAGCAAGGAUUAUGAGUAUCCAGAGCCAGCGAGACUUGAGGAUGAAGUCACUCAGAUUUUCAAGGGACUUGGAUAUCCAUAUCCACUCAAGAAUAGCUACUAUCAGCCGAUGGGCGCCAGUCACGGAUGGCCACACUUGUUAGAUGCUCUCUCGUGGCUUGUCGACGUUAUUAAAAUGAACACGACGGUUGCAGCGAAUACUCAAGGAAUCCUUUUCGGUGACUUCCUGGAACAGAGUAAAGUCCAAGAAAAGGUACUCAACUACUCUUGGUUCGCUUCUAUCUAUAAGGAUUAUACAAAUGAUAGAAAGGGUACAGAAGACAAGGAUUCCCAGUUCUGGAAAGACGCCAAGAAUAAGCUUCGACAGCAUUUCGAGAAUUCGAAUGAAUACGAGGAUGUGGCGAGUAAUGCGAAAAACGUUCUUCAACAACUUCUUUUCGAUUGCGAUGAAAUCGAAUCGGAGAGAGGACAAGAGCAGACGUAUGUGGAGGAUAUCGCCAGAAUGAGAGAUGAUAUUCGCAAAGCUGCCGAGUAUUUGGACUCAGUUGAACGUGUCAAGGAGCACAAGGAUGCUGAGAUGGUUAAAGUGAAAGGGGAGCUGGAGUCCAAAGUGUUGGAGAAAGAGAAGCUGUUGCGUAUGGUGAACGAGUUGAAGGAUCGGAUUGAGCAACAGAAGAUGAUCCAUGGAUGCAGUGGAAAAGAAGUCCGUCAGAUGAAUCUGGAGAAUAGCAAGGAUAAGGAGAUGGUGGCGGAGUUGCAAGCGGAGUUAGAUGAAGUGUCCAAAGAAAUGUGGCGGAUGAAAAAUGACGAUAGUUUCAAGGAGCAAAAAGCGAAAUUCCUGCAAAUCAUUGAGAACAUCACCAAGCUCCUCUCCGGCCUAAACGUUCAGCUGAAUCUCGAUCCUAUGCCAGUGCCAGCCGAUGAGAAGCAGCUCAAAGUGUGUUGGGAGACUCUUAAUACCGUCUGGGUGACAGAAAUCAGCCGUCAGAUGCACCAAAGAAAACUAGAUUUGGAUACGGAGAAAUCAAGAUCUGCCGACAAGUUUGCCGCUGCGCAAGAACGAAUCCAAAUCGAGAACGAAAUGUUGUGCGAGGCAAAGAAAAAAGAGGGGCGCGACGAGAGAACGCGCCGUGCCGAACGAGACGAAUGGAAGGCGGCUCGUCAGCAGCAGGAGAAACGAUACGAUGAGCUGGAAAACGAGAAGGAGGUGUUAAUGAAGAAACUUCAUUUGGAUGGCAGUCUGGAGCAAGAAAUCAAGGAGGAGAAGGAUAAAAUGGCGAAGAUUGAGAAGGAAGCGGAGGAGAAAACCCAAUACUUGCGCUCUGCAAUUCGCCAGAAAGUGGAAGCAGUUGAAAUGGAAAUUGCUGAAAUUGGGCAAGAGAAAACUAUGUUCCAUGCGGAAUGUGUCGCUGUCGAGAAGCUGGUUCAAGAAACAUGUGGCUCUACUUAUUAA